AUGGACUUUCUUCGCUGGCUUGUUACAUCCAAGCGCAAAACAGGCGGUGUCAAUUAUAGUGAGGCUAUUUCGUUUGGUAUGCCAAAAGGAAGAGGAAGAAAAGGCGAGGCGGCACCUAGAAAGCGCAACAAUCGCAAAGUUACCAAACAGUCUGUGACGUUACAGAGAGUACCUACUGAAAAUACCCAACAGGUUCAACCAACUUCACCCACCAGUCCAUCGACACAAGUCCCUCCACCAAACGCACCACAUAUCGAACCACGACAACCACAACCCCGAACAUUUCCUACACAACCAUUACCACAACAGAUCGCAAAUUCUCAGGAAAUGACAAAUUUCGUACAAAACCAGUAG